AUGGGCUAUUCAACUCCUCUUCUUAUCCAACCCAAUACCACUAGUUGUGAUUCAGAAACACCACCAAAUAAUCAUCUUCCUUCUUUUGGCUCCACAAUAGAAAAGUGCAUAGGUGAAAUCAAUUGGUGUCAAUUCCUCCAAGCUAUUCUAAUAUCCGUUUCUUGGAUAUUUGAUGCUCAACAAACAUUCAUCACUGUUUUCACAGAUGCCGUGCCAAGGUGGCACUGCAUCGGUGAAGGCCAAAUUUCAAACAAUGGAUCUAGAUUGCUAGAUCCAACACGUGAUUGUUACUCGGCCAAGUCAUUUAAUGAUUUGUGCAAGCUUCCCAGAGACUCGUGGACCUGGGAUGGACCGGCGCAAGUGUCCAUUAUAUCGGAAUGGGCUAUGGAGUGUGAGAGCUCAUUCAUCACAGGCUUUCCAGCUUCAAUGUUCUUCAUGGGCUGCCUAGUUGGUGGGCUGUUUUUGUCAACACUUGCUGACUCAUCAUCACUUGGUCGCAAGAACAUGCUCUUCUUCUCAUGUCUCUUUAUGUCUCUUUCUUCUCUACUCACCAUGUCAUCUCCCAACAUUUGGAUCUAUUCAUCUCUCAAGUUCAUAACUGGAUUCUUCCGUGCCACAAUCGGAACUUCCUCGCUUGUUCUAGCUUCCGAGCUCGUCGGAAAACAUUGGCGAGGCAAGAUUGGUGUCAUUGGUUUCUUUUGUUUUACAAUAGGCUUUUUGUCCCUUCCUGCUAUUGCUUAUGCAAACCAAACCACCUCAUGGAGGAACAUUUACUUUUGGACAUCAAUUCCGACCAUUUUGUAUUGCAUUUUGGUGAAAAAUUUUGUUCAAGAAUCACCUAGGUGGCUUCUAGUGAGAGGAAAAAAAGAAGAAGCAAUAACUUCACUAAACUACAUCUCCUCAAUCACUCAAAGUAACCUACAUUUAGCCAUAGACAAUAUGACUCCACAAGAGGAAGAAAAUAAUUCUAAUGUGGAUUUGUUCCAUGCCCUCAAAAUGUUGUGUCAAAGGAAAUGGUCGUCAAGGAGGUUAUUGCUGAUUAUGACAAUAGGUCUUGGUCUCGGAGUUGUGUAUUAUGGUAUGCCACUAGGCCUUGGAAACUUGUCCUUUAAUCUUUACUUAAGUGUCACUUUUAAUGCCUUGAGUGAGCUACCAUCUUCAUUGAUAACAUUUAUAUUCAUAGACAAGUUUAGAAGGAGAAUUGCAUUGCCUAUGUUUUGUAUGUUAAGUGCUAUUUGUAGUGUGAUGUCAAGUAUAGAAGGGGAACUAUGGAACAAGACGCAAAUUGGGUUUGAGUUGGUAUCAUUCUUUAGUGCUUGCACUUCCUUUAGCAUUUAUGUCAUUUACACAACUGAAUUGUUUCCAACUUGUGUGAGGAAUUCAGCUUUGUCUAUGGCUAGGCUUGCUGUGGUGUUUGGUGGAGCUUUAAGUCCAUUAUUGGUGGCUACUGGUAGAGGAAAUAAGUUUCUUUGUUAUGGAGUUUUUGGGUUUUCUAUAGGUAUUGGUGGAAUGUUUGGAGUGUUCUUGCCAGAGACAAAAGGGAGAGCACUUUGUGAUACAAUGGAUGAGGAAGAGAACAAAGCCAAAAAUUCUUGUGGUAUAUUGGUCUGA